UACGGGAAGUGAUGUGGGGCCAGACGGAAAAUACCCGCCAAGGACCCAAAAAGGACCGGCAACCCGUGGACGCGGCGCACGCGCAAGCACAGCGGCGCGGGGACAGCGAGCUCCAGCCAGACAAAAAGUAACCUUUUUGAAGAGGACAUGUGAUUGGACGUUGUCUAAUUGUUGAAGUGUUGGGAGCAACGUUUCUAAAGUUUUAGAAAAACCACCAACGACUCAUACUCCCUCCUUCAAGGUGAACCACUGAGUUCUUCAUUAUGUCUGAUGGCGACUACGAUUACCUCAUCAAGUUUUUGGCUUUGGGAGACUCUGGAGUAGGGAAGACCAGUGUACUUUACCAGUACACAGAUGGUAAAUUUAACUCCAAAUUUAUCACGACAGUGGGCAUUGAUUUCAGGGAAAAAAGAGUGGUGUACAGAGCCAAUGGACCUGAUGGAGCCAUUGGCAGAGGCCAGAGAAUCCAUCUGCAAUUAUGGGACACAGCAGGGCAGGAGAGGUUUCGUAGCUUGACAACAGCCUUCUUCAGAGAUGCUAUGGGGUUUCUUCUGCUUUUUGAUCUGACAAAUGAGCAGAGUUUCCUCAAUGUCAGAAACUGGAUAAGCCAGCUACAAAUGCAUGCAUAUUGUGAAAACCCAGAUAUAGUGUUAUGUGGAAAUAAGAGUGAUCUGGAAGACCAGAGAGUAGUAAAAGAGGAGGAAGCAAGAGGACUUGCAGAGAAAUAUGGAAUUCCCUACUUUGAAACUAGUGCUGCCAACGGGACAAACGUAAGUGAAGCAAUCGAGAUGCUCCUGGACCUGAUAAUGAAGCGAAUGGAAAGGUGUGUAGAUAAAUCCUGGAUUCCUGAAGGAGUGGUCCGGUCCAAUGGUCACACCUCUAGAGAUCACUUGAAUGAAGAAAAGGAGAAGGGGAUCUGUGGCUGUUGAAGAGUCCAGUGAGCUACACAGUCAUUCGAGUGGCCCGUGUCUGUGGUCUUUUCUAUGGGCGAUACAUGGCACAGAGAGAGAUGAACAGGCAUAGCGUACAAACUGCUUCUACCAUUUCACUUAGACCUCUCUGGUUUUAAAAUUUAUUUGCUGCAGCUCUGUAAAUACUUAACAUUCAGCCCCAGAGUUAUGAGAAAUAUUUCGCAGAGCCACAAGUGCCUUAUAAAACCUUAGUGCAUGGUAGUAGAUGAUUCAGAAUUGAGGAAUUCGUGCCACAACAGAGUGCAUUUAUUAUGUAGAAAGACUAAAGAUACCAUCAUCUGCCUUAACAUACAUCAGUCCAGAGUCUGACACUCAAAAUCUUAGAUACAAUGAUAAAACUACCAAUCUUUAAUCCAAAUUAAAAAACCCUACUACUCGUAUGUGGGUGACCUUAUAAAAUGCCAUCUAAACCACUGGAUUGUUAAAUAAGAAUAUACACGAACAUCAUUUCAAUGUCCUUGAGUAUUAAUUUAUAGGAACAGAGUCUUUAAAAUUAAUAUAGCAUAGAUGAUGCUUUUAUCUAUAGACUGGAUAAAGUGGAUUGACCAAUUGUAUAUUCACUAUGACUCUUGUUGGUAGGAAGGGAGUUGGGGGUGAGG